UGAGUAAUCGAUCCCAGAUCUGAGGCAGGGCAGAGCAAUGUUUUCAUGCCUGCUGUCGACCUGCGCCAGUCACUCUGCCAUGGCGCCCGUAGUGUCGCUGAUUAAGGAGGGGACAUCGUAGCAUCGUGUUUUAAUUCGCUUUAGUGGAAAUUAUCAACUGCGUUUUGCUACUCCUGGUUUAAAUUUAAUAGCAUUUAUCUCUGAACCCGCCAUGACCGUGGAGCAGAAUGUCCUCCAGCAGCAUUCUCAGAAGCACCAGCAGACGCUACUAAAUCAGUUGAGAGAGGUCACGGGCACCACAGACGUUCAGCUGCUUCAGCAGGCCCUGCAGGUGAGCAAUGGAGACAUGGCUGAGGCUGUGGCGUUUCUGACAGAGAAGAACGCCAAGGUUCCUCAGCAAGAUGAGACGACCUAUUACCAGACGUCUCAAGUGGCCAGUGACAGAUACAUCAGCGUGGGCAGCCAGGCAGACACAAAUGUGAUUGACCUGACUGGGGAUGAUAAAGAUGACCUGCAGAGGGCUAUCGCUCUCAGCCUGGAGGAGUCCAACCGGGCAUUCAGGGAGACGGGCAUCACUGAUGAAGAGCAGGCCAUCAGCAGAGUUUUGGAGGCCAGCAUAGCAGAGAACAAGGCAAGUCUGAAGCGUACCCACACAGAAGUAUGGAGCGAUUCGCCCAACCCCCAUGACAGGAAGAGGAUAGAGAGUUGCCCUGUGGGAUUGAAAAAUGUUGGCAAUACCUGCUGGUUCAGUGCUGUCAUACAGUCCCUGUUCAAUCUGCUGGAGUUCCAGAGGCUUGUGCUCAACUACUCACCUCCAGCCAGAGUCCAUGACCUGCCCCGUAACCAGAAGGAGCACAGGAACCUGCCCUUCAUGCAGGAGCUGAGGAACCUCUUCUCCCUCAUGGUGGGGUCCAAGAGGAAAUAUGUGGAUCCAUCACGAGCUGUGGAAAUACUCAAGGAUGCCUUCAAGUCCAGUGAGUCGCAGCAGCAGGAUGUAAGUGAGUUCACCCACAAGCUACUGGACUGGCUGGAGGACGCCUUUCAGAUGAAGGCUGAAGAAGACAGGGAGGGUGAGAAGCCAAAGAACCCUAUGGUGGAGCUUUUCUAUGGUCGCUUCCUUGCAGUGGGUGUCCUGGAAGGUAAAAAAUUUGAAAACACUGAGAUGUUUGGGCAGUACCCCCUGCAGGUGAAUGGCUUCAAGGAUCUCCACGAAUGUCUUGAGGCAGCAAUGAUCGAAGGCGAGAUCGAAUCCCUGCACUCAGCAGAGAACUAUGCCAGGUCUGGACAAGAGCAUUGGUUCACAGAACUCCCUCCUGUUUUGACCUUUGAACUGUCAAGAUUUGAAUUUAACCAAGCAUUGGGGCGACCUGAGAAGAUCCACAACAAGCUUGAGUUCCCCUCUAUGCUUUACAUGGACAGGUACAUGGACAGGAACAGGGAAAUAACCAGGAUCAAGAGGGAGGAGAUCAGAAGGCUGAAAGAGCAUCUGACACUGCUUCAACAGCGACUUGAGAGGUAUCUCAGUUACGGCUCGGGCCCAAAGAGGUUUCCUCUAGCAGAUGUCCUCCAGUAUGCCAUGGAGUUUGCCUCUAGUAAACCAGUGUGCACCUCCCCAGUUGAAGACAUUGACUCAUCAGCACCCCCUGGUGGCACAACAGGACAACAACUGCCUGCACCAAGCACAGCCGAGCAGGAAUGCUUGCCUCCCCUAGAGAGCUCAGGCCCUGCUUCAGGUCCCACCACAGCUCCCACUGCAUCCCAGCAGCAGAGAAUACCUAUUCAUAAGCCCUUUACCCAGUCCCGGCUACCCCCCGACCUCCCCAUGCACCCAGCCCCACGGCACAUCACUGAGGAAGAGUUGAGGGUGCUUGAGGGCUGCUUGCAUCGCUGGAGGAGUGAAGUGGAAAAUGACACCCGUGAUCUACAGGGCAGUAUAGCCAGAAUCCACAGAACCAUUGAGUUAAUGUACUCUGACAAAUCUAUGAUGCAGGUCCCGUACCGACUUCAUGCAGUGCUGGUCCAUGAAGGCCAGGCGAAUGCAGGCCAUUACUGGGCUUACAUCUAUGACCCACAUCAGCGUUGCUGGAUGAAGUACAACGACAUCUCUGUCACCAAGUCCUCCUGGGAGGAGCUGGUCAGGGACUCAUUCGGAGGCUACCGUAACGCCAGUGCCUACUGUCUCAUGUAUAUCAACGACAAGAAGCCCUUUCUCAUAGAAGAGGAGUUUGAUAAGGAGACGGGGCAGCUCCUCAGUGGCAUGGACAAACUGCCUCCAGACCUGAAGCAGUAUGUGAAGGAGGACAAUGAGCUGUUUGACAAGGAGAUUGAGGAGUGGGAUGCCCUGCAGGCCCGCAAGGCCCAGCAGGAGAAGCUGGCUCUGGCCACAGCAGCCGCAGCUGCCUCGGCAGCAUCCAGCACCUCCACUUCUUCCUCCUCCCCUCAGCCCAUGAGUAUUGAGUCCAGCCCUCCAGACAACACAGUACCCCAGCAAGACCCUGAGUACAUGGAACAGCCAUCACCCACGAAUGACUCCAAGCACCUGCAGGAGGACACCGAGCGGGCCAUCUCCAGGGCUGCUGCUGAGCAGGAGGAGAGAAGCCCUGAAGCAUUGUUAAAUGCUUCUCUUUCUCCUCUCACCUCCCCUCAGCCUGAGGUCCAGGUGAGCACCCCUUCCACCCCUCCUCCUGACCUGGUCACAGAGGAUGAGUCCCCUGGCCAGCGCAUGGUAGAGGUGGCCAUUCCUAAUGUGGGGACCUUUGUCAUUGAGUCAGAAGAGGGGGGGUAUGAUGAUGAGGCAAUGAUGACCCCCAACAUGCAGGGUAUAAUUAUGGCCAUUGGCAAAUCCAGCAGCAUAUAUGAAAAGAAUGGGCCUGAGGCAGCCUUUUUUAAGGCCAUUAAGUUGGAGUAUGCUCGUCUUCUGAGAUUUGCCCAAGAGGACACACCUCCUGAGAAUGAUUACCGACUACAGCACAUCAUUGUCUACUUCAUCCAAAACCAGGCGCCACGGAAGAUCCUGGAGAGAACUCUACUCACACAGUUUGCUGACAGGAACCUGGCCUUCGAUGAGAGAUGUAAAAGCAUUAUGAAUGUGGCACGUGCCAAACUGGACCUAAUUAAGCCCGAGGAGGUUAACAUGGAUGAAUAUGAGAUGUGGCAUCAGGCCUACCGGAAUUUCCGUGAGACAACCAUCUUCAUGGUGACUGGCUUGGAGCUCUUUCAGAAGGCAAAUUACAUGGCCGCUCUCAUGUAUCUGAUUUACUCAUACCAGUACAACAAGGAGCUAUUGUCAAAAGGGCUGUACAGAGGGCAUGAUGAGGAGCUUCUUGGCUAUUACCGUCGAGAGUGUUUGCUGAAAUUAAAUGAGCAAGCGGCUGCCAUGUUCGAGUCGGGAGAGGAACCGGAGGUGACCACGGGCCUUGGCAUCAUGAAUGAUCUGGUGGUGCCCUGCAUCCCUCUGCUGCUGGUCCACGACACAGAGAGGGACCUGCUGGCAGUGGAGGACAUGAGGAACCGCUGGUGCUCCUACCUGGGCCAAGAGAUGGAAUCCAACCUCCAGGAAAAGCUGACCGACUUCCUCCCCAAGUUACUGGACUGUUCGACGGAGAUCAAAAGCUUCCACGACCCUCCCAAGCUGCCCACCUACUCCACCCUGGAGCUGUGUGAACGAUUCAGCUCCAUCAUGGCCGCGCUCUGCCGGGUGCCCACCGAGGGGAGAUGAGCUCGGAAGGGAUGGCCAGACAGCUCUCCCUUAUCACAGGCCCGGCCCUGGGCAGAAAUCCAUGGACCUCUCUUAACCCAUGCCUUCCUUAUAAAACCAGGGGUCACUCGCUUCUAGCUGUUAUUCCUCUGUUACUCUUUUGCUGCUAUAGGUUUUAUCAUUAUGAAUAUUAUUUCACUUUUAUUUUAAACAAAACACAACAGAGGGAGGAGAAGAGGAUGGACUGUCGAGAGGGAAUAAAGAAAUGAGAGCGGAGAAGUUGAUGGAAAAACAGUGGCAAUCCUGCAGUGGUUAAAAGCCAAGCACAUUCUGCUUCAGCUUUGCAAAAAAAAAAAACAAACAAACAAAAAAAAAAGAGUUUGGGGUUUUUUUUCAUAGUUUAUUAUUGUUGUUGUUGUUGCUGUUUGAUUCAAGCUUCCCCGACCAUGCUCACAUCCCUUUCUAAAGCACCCCUCUCUGCGUGAAAAGGAUUACCCUGCUGCUCUGCCUCCAGUUUGGUACAGUAUUACCAUGUUUUGUUUUAUUUUUCUAAGGAAGUAAAGAAGAGAGCCUUCAGAUUUAUCAGCGGCUCAGAGUAUCUCAAAUGGGUCUCAUGUCUUUGUUGACUGCGCCAGAAUGAGAUGUUUUAAGUGCUGUGGUAGACAGCCAUGGACUUCCUGUGGCUUGUUAAUAAAUUGAGAGAAUAAAAUUUUAUUUAUGGCCCUUUUAGGCCAGAUAAACAAA